GAAGAGAGGGAUCUGUCUUCAUGUUCCACCUUACAAACAACAUAGGAUAAACCACUGCAUGGGAUUUACAGCAAAACUAGUCAAUUACCGUUAUGUCACACGUGAUCGACAUGCCGUCUCGCCUCUACGUCGCGCGAAAUGGUUUUUUUUUUGGUAAACGAAGGCUCGAUUAAUAACUUCUUGGAGAAAACGCUGCGCCCACGGAGGGGAGUGAGAGAGAAGGAGGAGGAAAGGGGUGGAGAAAAUAGAGGAGAGAAGUAGAGACCUGAAGCGGAGUAAUGGGAAGAGAGGCGGGUGGUCAGAAGAAGAAACACUAGCCCUCACUCCUUCUCGCAAUUCAAAGAUUUUCUGGUUGAUUCCCGGUACCGCUGUGCGCGAAGCUCUGCCGGGACGCGCCGCACGAAGCCUCACGACAGGUAUGAUGGACAGAUAGCAGAAAGAGGAAGAGAAGAUCUCAGUCAUGGACAUGGACUGUGUCAAGAAGAAAGAGAGAGAGCUGGAGAGAAUACUCCGUGCCAACGACCGCGAGUACAACCUCUCCUUUAAAUAUGCAAAUAACGCCAUCAAGACCUCCAAGUAUAAUCUCUUCACCUUCCUACCUCUUAAUCUGUUUGAGCAGUUCCAGAGGAUCGCUAACGCCUACUUCCUGUUUCUGCUGGUGCUCCAGGUGAUUCCUCAGAUCUCGUCUCUGUCCUGGUUCACCACUGUCGUGCCUCUGGUUCUUGUGCUGUCAGUCACCGCCGCCAAAGAUGCCAUGGAUGAUAUCAAUCGCCACAGAAGCGACAAUCAAGUCAACAACAGAAAAGUUCAAGUCCUCAUUGACAGAAAACUACGGAGCGAAAAAUGGAUGGAUGUUCAGGUGGGAGACAUCAUCAAGCUGGAAAACAACCAGUUUGUUACCGCUGACCUCCUGUUGCUUUCCAGCAGUGAACCUCUGAACCUGGUGUACAUCGAGACAGCAGAACUGGAUGGAGAGACGAACCUGAAGGUGAGACAGGCCCUGACCGUAACAGGAGACCUGGGAGAUGACAUUGAAAAGUUGGCAGACUUCAAUGGCGAGGUACGCUGUGAACCCCCCAACAACCGCCUAGACCGCUUCAAGGGAACGCUGACCUGCGCCGGUCAGAAAUACCCGCUGGACAACGAGAAGAUCCUUCUGCGAGGCUGCACACUGAGGAACACCGAGUGGUGCUUUGGACUGGUGCUGUUUGGAGGUCCAGAGACGAAGCUGAUGCAAAACUGUGGGAAGAGCACAUUCAAGAGGACCAGUAUAGACCAUCUGAUGAAUGUCCUCGUCCUUUGUAUUUUUGGCUUCCUGGCCGUCAUGUGCACCAUCCUGGCAAUAGGAAACUACAUCUGGGAGCUGCACGAAGGCUCAAAGUUCACAGUCUUCCUGCCAAGACAAGAUGGCAACAAUGCUUCCUUCUCCGCCUUCCUCACAUUCUGGUCCUACGUCAUCAUCCUCAACACUGUGGUGCCCAUCUCUCUCUAUGUUAGUAUGGAGAUCAUUCGGCUGGGGAACAGCUUCUACAUUGAUUGGGACAGAAAGAUGUACUACUCAAGAAACGACACCCCCGCCGAGGCUCGUACCACCACUCUGAACGAGGAGCUCGGCCAAAUCAAGUAUAUCUUUAGUGACAAAACAGGGACACUCACGCAGAACAUCAUGACCUUCAACAAGUGCUCCAUCAACGGCAAAUGUUAUGGGGAUGUUUAUGACUACACAGGCCAAAGACUAGAAAUUACUGAGCACACAGAGACAGUGGACUUCUCCUUCAACCCGCUGGCUGACCCACGCUUCAUGUUCCAUGACCAUGCCCUGGUGGAGGCGGUGAAGCUGGAGAACCCAGAGGUCCAAGCCUUCUUCAGACUGCUGGCCCUGUGCCACACCGUCAUGGUGGAAGAAAAGAAAGAAGGUGAGAUUUUCUACCAGGCCCAGUCUCCAGACGAGGGAGCGUUGGUGACGGCGGCCAGAAACUUUGGAUUUGUCUUCCGCUCACGUACACCAGACAGCGUUUCCAUCAUGGAAAUGGGACAGCAGCGCAGCUACGAACUCCUGGCCAUCCUGGAUUUUAACAAUGUCCGCAAGAGGAUGUCCGUCAUAGUUCGGAGUCCUGAGGGGAAGCUCUCUCUCUACUGUAAAGGCGCAGACACGAUCAUCUACGAGAGGCUGCAUCAGUCCUGCAACAAGCUGAUGGAUGUCACUACAGAGCACCUUAAUGAGUUUGCAGGGGAGGGCCUACGGACUCUGGUGCUGGCCUAUAAGGAUCUGGAUGAGGAGUAUUUCAGCGAGUGGCAACAGCGCCACCAUAAGGCCAGCACUGAGCUGGACGACCGGGAGGGCAAACUGGAUCAGCUGUACGAGGAGAUCGAAAAGGAUCUGUUGCUUCUGGGUGCUACAGCAAUAGAGGACAAGCUGCAAGACGGAGUACCUCAGACUAUUGAGCAGCUGUCCAAAGCCGACAUCAGAAUCUGGGUUUUGACUGGUGACAAGCAAGAAACUGCAGAGAACAUUGGUUACUCAUGCAACUUACUGCGGGAGGAGAUGAAGGAUGUCUUCAUCAUCUCAGGAAACUCGCCUGAGGAUGUGAGACAGGAGCUGAGAAAUGCACAGAUCUCCAUGAAACCAGACGAAAUGGACGAUUCGGUGUUUCUGCCAGACGGGCCUGUGGGUCAAAGUUCGAGCGACGAGAUGGCAAACGGAGAAUAUGGCCUGGUUAUCAGCGGACACAGCCUGGCGUAUGCCCUUGAACACAGCAUGGAGCAGGAAUUCCUGAAGACGGCAUGUAUGUGUAAGGCAGUGAUCUGCUGCAGGGUCACUCCUCUGCAGAAGGCUCAGGUCGUCGACCUGGUCAAGAAGUACAAGAAGGCAGUCACGCUGGCCAUAGGAGACGGAGCCAACGAUGUCAGCAUGAUCAAAGCGGCCCACAUAGGUGUGGGCAUCUCAGGUCAGGAGGGCAUGCAGGCUGUGCUGUCCAGCGACUACUCCUUCGCCCAGUUCCGCUUCCUGCAGCACCUCCUGCUGGUCCACGGUCGCUGGUCCUAUUUGCGCAUGUGCAAGUUCCUCCGCUACUUCUUCUACAAGAACUUCACCUUCACCUUUGUCCACUUCUGGUACGCCUUCUUCUGCGGCUUCUCUGCACAGACGGUGUAUGAUGAGUGGUUCAUAACACUCUACAAUCUGAUGUACACAGCACUACCUGUACUGGGAAUGAGUCUGUUUGAUCAGGAUGUGGACGUCAAGUGGAGUAUCCAGCAUCCUCAGCUCUACGUUCCCGGUCAACUCAACCUGUACUUCAACAAGAAGACCUUUGUCAAGUGUGCCCUCCACAGCGGCUACAGCUCCUUGGUGCUCUUCUUCAUCCCGUACGCGGCCAUGUACGACACGGUCAGGGACGACGGCAAGGACGUCGCCGACUACCAGUCCUUCGCCCUCCUCACCCAGACGUGUCUCAUGUUUGUCGUCACCAUCCAGUUGGGAUUUGAGAUGACUUACUGGACGGCAGUGAACACUUUAUUUGUGGUGGGAAGCCUGGCUAUGUACUUUGCUGUCACGUUGACUAUGUACAGCAACGGCAUGUUUCUCCUGCUGCCGUCAGCCUUCCCUUUCAUUGGAACAGCCCGAAACUCUCUGAACCAGCCAAACAUCUGGCUGACGAUCCUCCUCACCUCCAUCCUUUGUGUCCUUCCUGUGGUCACCUGGCGCUUUCUGUUGAUUCAGCUCUGCCCCACCAUCAAUGACAAGGUCAUGUUCAAGGUGAGACAGGACAAAGCAAAACUUCCCUCUCCUCCUCGACGCACCCGCAUGCGACGCACCAGCUCCCGCCGUUCAGGCUACGCCUUCUCACACGCGCAGGGCUACGGGGACCUGGUGACAUCAGGCCGGUUCCUGCGGCGUCGUGCUGUGUCGGGACCUUCGGGUUUCACCCACAUGGGUCGUGCCACCACGGGCUUCAGUCCCAUGGGACGAUCGGCCGGAUACAGCCCGACAGGACGCCCCCAGAAUGCCAAGGUCCCAGACGUGGAAGUGACAUCAUUGCAGAUGUACAGGACUAUCAAGGAUCCUGCCCUCUGACAGUAAGAUGGUGUCAGAAGAUCUACUGCCAACCGGACAGCUGUAUGCCGCUGGCAGUACUUCAUGUUUUUCACGAUCCGUCUCUCAUCAGCCAGGUCAUCCAAGACGAGGUUUCAGAGUUUCAGAACUUUUGCUCAAAGCAUUUUAUUUUGUAAUAGUUUUUCAGAGGGAACCACGGCAAGAUGUGUAGCUGCUUUGACACGAUCCUCAGAUCCUGAGUGCUCAUGUAGAACAUGCCUCAUGCAGAGCCAAGAGAGGACAGUGUGACAAAUGAAAUCUUUCUGACACUAGAAACAGUGAGAGAGUUCUAGUAACAGGGUUAAUUUCAGAUAGGAACCAAGUGUCAUGUUGUUUACAGACUACACAGAUCUUCUUAACUGUGGGAGUCCAGAAGCACAGCAGGGCUUUGUACAGUGGAUAUCACCAGCAAAGUCAUUUUGCAUAUGAAUAUUUUAAAUUUGUACUUAACGUGUCUUAUUAAAGUAUUCUAUUUACCUAUCUUGAAAGCUGUACAGCACUUUGGCAGUUUCACGCGGCAGUGGGGGGUAACUGAAUGUUCAGACGUUCACGAAUGUGUCACUCACAACAGACGUCUUCUCAGCAGCUCAGGGGAGCAGAACAUCUGACAAUACAGCACGUUUUUUUGCAGCGGGAUUCAGUUUUGUGGGCCCAUCCUGAUUUUGUUGGGCAUACUUAUAGUAUGCUUUGUUUUAUCACUUUCUGUCUGCUGAAGGAAUUUCAUGCCGUCUAAAUGAAUUGGGAAACUGAAGCAAAUCUCCAGGGUUGUUGCUUGACAGAUUGUGCAUUCUGUUUAUGAUUUCCACUCAGAAGAAAGGGGCAUUUAAAUUAAGAGUCUGUAGUACCACUGUGUGAUGAGACAUACUUUAUAUUCAGAUGGCAUUGAUGUUGUAAAUAAUAGUUUUAUUAUUGAUUAGAAACAAUGUAUUAUUGCUUUACAGAUAAGAAAUAAGCUCUUAAUGAGAACAAAUUGUCAGGUUUUGAAAGUUCCUUUUGAAAAUGUAUUUAACUUAACUUAACCCACAACCCUUUAAUUCAUAAGGGCAGACCUGAUAUUUAAUUAGGAAGUGAGUCAUAAAGGUCACUAUUUCUCAGCAGGCUUAAAGAUAUUGUUCAAAGUAGCUUUAUAUUGCAAUAAUCCACCAAGUGUGCCGUUCAUUAAUAUAUUCUUAGGUGGACUGCUAUUAAUCUAUUAAAAUUUUUCACUUUUUCAUUGCAAAAGAGAUUGUGGCACCAUGUGAA